GACUAAUGGCCGUUUUUACUAGUCGGACUGUAACCUUAUGACCUAGCCAUCCGAUCCUUUCGGAAAUUCGAUUCAUUUCAGUCGUUUCAAUAUCAGCAAUCUAUAGAUUAUUACCAAAUUCAAAAAGUAUUCAUGAGACAUUAACGUCGUAUCCAUUGUAUUUAAUGUGUUGUGGGUAAUGACAAUAUUUUAGUGAAUUGUGUCGAAAUGGCUUUAGUUCGAAAUUCAUUUAGAUUGUUAUACAGAGUUAUUCCAAAACAACACCUUAAAAAUGUGUCCUCAAAAUCAACUCUUGCAAUGCAAGAAAAACUACCGACGGCCACCCAAGCUAUUUUUCCAGGAGCCCUGGCUGAUUGGACAACAAAAAUUGACAUUGUGACACCCGAAAAUAUGACUCCAAUGCCUGUAUAUCGAGUUAUGGAUCGUACAGGAAAAAUUUUAGACGACUCUCAAGAUCCAUUAUUAAGUGAAGAUGUUGUCGUUAAAAUGUAUAAAGACAUGUUGCUUCUUAAUAUUAUGGAUAAAGUUCUAUAUGAAUCUCAACGCCAAGGACGUAUUUCCUUUUACAUGACAAAUUAUGGAGAAGAAGCAUCUCACAUAGGUAGUGCAGCAGGUCUCAGUCCAAAAGAUUUAGUCUAUGCUCAGUACAGAGAAGCCGGUGUACUGGUGUGGCGAGGUUAUACCAUACCACAAUUCAUUAACCAGUGUUAUGGAAAUCAUGAAGAUCCUGGCAAAGGACGUCAAAUGCCUGUCCAUUAUGGGGAGAAAAAUCUCAACUUUGUUACUAUUUCUAGCCCUUUAGGUACUCAAAUGCCACAAGCAGUAGGAGCUGCUUAUGGUUUCAAAAUGCAGCCCAAUAACGACCGUUGUGUUAUCACAUAUUUUGGAGAAGGUGCAGCAUCUGAAGGUGACGCACAUGCUGCAUUCAAUUUUGCAGCUACAUUGGAUUGCCCAAUUAUAUUCUUUUGUCGAAAUAAUGGAUAUGCUAUUUCAACUCCUACAAAAGAUCAAUACCGGGGAGAUGGUAUUGCUGCUCGUGGUCCUGGUUAUGGUAUAUCAACUCUGAGAGUUGAUGGUACUGACACAUUUGCUGUUUAUAAUGCAACAAAAGCAGCUCGAGAAUAUGUACUUAAAUACAAUAAACCAUUCCUGUUAGAAGCUAUGUCAUACAGAGUUGGUCACCACUCAACAUCAGAUGAUAGUUCUGCAUAUCGAUCAGAGGAAGAAGUUAAAGCAUGGAAUGAAGAUGAAAAUCCAUUAACAAAACUUAAAAACUACUUGUUAGCUAAAGGAUGGUGGGACCAAACUAAAGAGGACGAUUUUUCCAAGAAGACAAAGAAAUUGGUUUUAACAACAAUAUCACAAAGUGAAAAGAAGCCGAAACCUGAAUGGAAAGAAGUAUUUCAUGAUGUUUAUUUUGACAUGCCGGAUCACAUUGUCAAACAAAUGAAACAAAUGGAAGAACAUGUAGAAGCCUAUAAGGAACAUUAUCCACUCAAUAAUUUCAAAUCAUCAUAAAUUUGAUGUUAUCUAUGAAAACAUUCCACUUCUGUAAAUAUAUCUCAAAGCUCAUACAAGAACAUUAAGACUGUAAAUGUACAAAACGAAGAUUAAGAGCCAAAAUUAUAUUUUCUAAUAGUACGUCAAAUGUUUAUUGGAAAAUAUACUAAAUAACAUAUUCAACAAUAUAUCCAUACAUA